AUGUCUGACGCUGAGCCCUCGAAUACGGAGCGAAUGACCGGGAGACGCAUUGUUUCUAGCCUUUCUGCAUCACAAAUCCAACACAAACGGGAAGUUGAUCGCAAGGCACAACGCGCUCUGCGGCAACGGACCAAGUUUCGUAUUCAAGAAUUGGAAAAUGAUCUUUCGCGUUUCAAGGAAUCCGUUUCUGAGCGGGAGAAGACAAUGAUCGAAGAGAUCCGGCAACUCAGACAGGAAAAUCGACAACUGAAAGUCUCCCUACAGAGUAUAGGACAUUUUGCUCUAGACAACAUUUCCGAGGAUGUGGUAGUACAUCCGACGGGAUGCGGAUCACUUGGAGAUAUCCAGGAAAGUCUCGACUUGCCAGCAAGUGGUAGCCCGAAGCCCCAUGCAGCCCGUUCAUCAGCACAUUUAGCCCCCGGUCUCGCUAUUCCAAACAGCGUCACAUACCCCGGGAGCGAAGCACCGAUCCCGGCGGCGCAAGCGCACGAAUUACAUCCUCCAAUCCCACUUCCUAUAUCAGGUACAUUUAUCAGCCCCUUGCUCCCAUUGCCGGCAUCGAACACCUUCCUUCCUAUUUGGCAAAUAUGGCCGAAUAACGAGACCUACGCUGCUAUACCGGUAUGGCUCAGACCGACUGCAAUGCAGAUCCUUGUCCCGCAUGCAGCUUGGAUUGAUAACAUUCCUUGGCCUCGGGUUCGCGAUAUUUUGAUAGAGAAACCAGAACGGUAUCCUUUCGUUCUCUUUUCCGAGCUUUACUCUCACCAUGUCAGUGUUAAUUGGUCCUAUGACCCGGAGGACAUAGUUCUCGAAACAGAAGAGGGGCUCUUCCGGGAAUACUUUUCCGGAUGGACAUCUGAUGUUUAUGUGGAUGGUUAG